CUUGCGCCAUUUCUGAUUGAACAAUAAUCACCUCAUAAAUAUUAUGUUGCUCACGCAAAAACAAUAUGUAAAACAAAGGUAAUUAAUAAGUACGGUUUUUCAAGAGUAAAUGAGCAGUGUGCUACGAAAUCCAAGCGUUUGCCGCUGCCGGCACGUGUUGUGCGGGAGCGGGCUCUAGCGGAUAUUUACGCGCCAACACCAGUUGGGUCGAUCAGCCUGGUUGGAAGCAGGUCUGACGUUCGAAAAGCAACUGCCUGCCGAGUGUGAUAACGGUGGAGUGUGGGAUUAUCUUGUACUGUGCAAUUCUGUGACAGAAAACACCGUGACGUUUGCUGCAGUAUUCUUAAUAGGUGUUAACCAUCAAUCAUCAAAAUUGAUCGAAACGCUUUACGAGAAAUGGCGAGUAAUAUUGACUCGCCAACGGCGUCAAGGCCGUAUGGACGGAAAAGGCAUCGCCGUACAGGAGUAGAUGAAAAAACGCAAGAUUCUGAAAAUUUGACCGAACACUUCCGUCGUAGUAAGGUACCUCGAGCAGAUGCGUCCUUAUAUCAACCCAACCAACCGUACCUUCCCGGCGACCAUCUCUUCGGUGUCAUCGAGAGGAUCUCCCUCAAGAAUUUCAUGUGUCACUCUCACUUGGAGUUCGCCUUUGCACCGCGCGUGAACUUCAUAGUGGGCCGAAAUGGAAGUGGCAAAAGUGCGGUCCUGACUGCGGUUAUGGUAGGUUUAGGCGGAAAAACAACUGCAACCAAUCGUGGAGCAAAAACCGCUAGCUUUAUCCAGAAUGGAAAGCCUUCAGCACGCGUGGAGAUAACUUUGGCCAACAGAGGAAGUUAUGCAUAUAAGCCUGACGAAUUCGGGCCCAGUAUUACAGUUUCGCGCAUCAUUCGACGAACCGGUGCCCAGUACGAAAUUCGGUCGCACGAUCGACGUCUUGUAUCAACAAAACACGAAGACCUCCAAACAAUAUUACGUCACCUAAAUAUUCAAGUAGAUAACCCCAUUGUUGUGUUGAAUCAGGAAACGUCUCGAAAUUUUCUACAAUCGAAAAAUGCCAAAGACAAAUAUCAAUUUUUUAUGAAAGCCACCCAGCUUGAGGAGAUUAAGGAAAAUUACCGACAAACUGCUGAAGACUACAAACAGGCCACAAGGAAUUUAGAGAGUAAGAGCGAGCUUCUGAAUGAGCUGGAAAGUCAGAAAGCUGAAUAUGAACUACGGUUGAAAAUUGUGGCUAAUAUCGCUAACGAGCGCCUCAAAGUCGAAAAACUAGAGGGUGAACUUCUCUGGUCGGCUGUCGUUAAGCAUGAAGCUCUAGUCAAGGAAGCAACCACACAGGUUGAGAAAUACGAAGCCCACUUAGUUCAGUUACAAAAACAAAUGGAUACCGUUGUUAACGAUAUUGAGUUUGCUGAGAAAGAAGUCGCAGAGAAGACCACGCGGAUUGAAGUGAGCCUGGCUGAAAAAUCGGAACUGACAAAACAAACUGAGGCUUCAAGAAGAACUGUCAAUCAAUUAAAGGAAAACUUCCGCAGUAUUGAGACCGAGCAGAAGAAGCUGAAACGUGAAAUCCGUGAUUUGCAAGGCGAUCGGGUCGCUAUUCAGAAUCACAUGUCUAAUCAACAGGAAUUAGGCAAGGAAUGGCAUCAGGAGAAGGCUCGUAGAGAACAGGAAAUUGAAAUCAUAUUAGAUAAAAUAAAAAAACUCCGCGAAAGCGAACCCGAAGCUCAAGCAACAGAACAAGCCGCUAGGAAGGAACUGGCCCGUACGGAGGAUAUGGCUCGUGAACACAGGACGACUUUGUCAGAUCUGGAGACUCAAGUACAACGCCUGCGUCAUCGCAUCUCCAUAGCCAGGGCGACUCUGAAAGAUGCAGUCAACCGUUUCGGGCCUUCGACAGCUCAGGUUCUCAGAGACAUCGUCGACGAGAAGCGCUUUCGUGUACCUCCAAAAGGCCCGAUAGGGAAUUUUGUUGCUGUAAAGGAUGAUAAUUGGGUAUACGCCGUCGAACGUCAUUGUUCCAGCACAUUAACUGGUUGGAUGGUCGACAAUAAUGAAGACAGCAAACUGCUCAAGCAGAUCCUCCUAAGACAUCGAGUCACUCCAAUGACGUUGUACACUCGGCGAAUGGGUCGUCCACGGUACAAUUGUUCCAUGCCAGACUCUCGGAACUCGAGCUCGCGUUGUAUGGUCUCAGUGGUCGAUAUAAAAGACAACGACGUGUUUAAUCUUUUAAUUGAUAUUAAUCGAAUCCACAAUGUGCUGCUUUAUGACCAGCUCAAUGUGGCACUAGCCGACAUGAAAAACCAAGUUACUGUUCCAAAAAAUUGUACACUCGCGGUGGACGUGGAAUACAAUCGGGUAUUUCCGACUCCAAAAUAUCGUUAUUUCGCAAACGACCGCCCGCUUCAGGUCAAAUACCUGAGUCGUACGGCUGAUGAUAUUUUACCUCAGCUCGAAAGAGAACUAGAACCGCUUAUAAGACAGGAAGCCAUCGCCAAACAAGACCUACAGAUUGCACAACGCGCGCAGGCGAAUGCCGAGAAAACGGUACGGGAGGCGAAGUCUGUGUUCAGGGAUAUCACUCGAAGUUUGGCCAAAUAUGAAGAAGAGGUUCGGCAACUUCGAGAUUUCGAGGAGCCUGUUUCUGUCACUAAUGCCCCACUGGAGAACGAAAUCAAGAGAAUUGAUAAGGAGAUCGCAGCAAAAGAAGCUCAAUUCUUCCCGAUACAGGAACGUAUCAAAGAAGCCAUCGAUGCAAUCAGACCUGCAAACAAUACACUCAAAGAGAAGGAACUUAUGAUCCAAGAAAUAAAUGACAGGACCCAACGACUCCGCAAGGAGGUCGAACGGCUACAGCAACGAAUCAAGGAACACCGUGUUGAGCUGAGAAACUUCAGCAGUAGGAAAGGUGGUCUCGAGGAUACAUUAGAACAGCUGAGAGAAGAACAGGCCGUCAAGCAACGUGAACUUGAUGAAGCAGCACAAAAAGCCGUCGAAAAAUGUUCGGAACGGAUCGACACAAGGCGAAGAGAAGGGGAGUUAAGGAUAGAACUUAAAACGCUCAAACAACAAAUAGCACACAUGGAAAGCGAACAACCAGAUCCGGUAGAAACAAAGGAGAACUAUGACCGAUGCGUCGAAAAGUAUAACUGCCUCUCAGAAGAGCUAAAUCUGAUUAAUACGUACAUGCUCGAGUUAUCGCGGCUAACACAGAAGCGGCUAAAUCUCUACAAGACCGUACGAGAUCUCUACUGUUUCCUCAUUAAUACGCUAUUCAAUUCGCUCAUGAUGUACGAGAAGUUUUAUGCGGAACUGCUGUUCAAUCACGAAGCGCAAACCUUGGAAAUACACGUUCCUGUACUCGCUGGUAAUAAUUCCAAUGCAUCUCGCGACGUUCGAGGCUUAUCCGGUGGCGAAAGAUCGUACUCGACUGUUUGCUUUAUCUGCUCACUGUGGGUAAAUACGGCUUCAACACCAUUCCGGAUGUUGGACGAAUUCGACAUCUUCAUGGACAUGAGUAAACGUCGUAAAAGUUUACAAAUGCUUCUGCAAGUCUGUCAGCUACAGCCAGGCUGCCAGUUUAUCUUCCUCACGCCCUUGGAAAUGCCUCAACUCGAUGCCCUUAAAGAAAAUAUCGUCCGAAUCCAGAUGAUGCCCGAACCAAGAAGAAACAAUUUAUCAAUGGCAUCAACUUCGUCUAUGGAUCAAAUGAUAUAAAUGUCCAACAAAAGCGUUAGGCAAGUCUAACGUAAGCAAACAGACACGUGAAUUUUGUCUUCAGAAGACAGCCUAUUGACUGGAACGUGCUAGCAGCUGCAUACUCACAGUGAAGGUCAUAUUAUUUCGGCGUCUCCAAGCUGAUUCUUAGGCCAACGUUAAUGUAGAAAUAUAAAUAUCAAGUAAACAUGUCAUCAAAAGCAAAUAUUAUUUGUGUAGACACUUAUCACUGAACAAAGGAGAAGGAAAUUUACCAUUAAUAUAAGAUCCGUUGUAUAUAUUAAAUAUUACAUGCAUCUAUAAACAAUGCAUGCCAUGAAAAAUGAUGACAUAACACUCGUUAAAAUGACAAUUGUGGAGCGACCCAAUAGGUCUGUUGUCAUUUCUUAACGUAGUGAACUCCCCGGCAUCGUUACAUUGUUUUUCAUUACAAAAAAGAAAAGUUGCCAGGGUGUUCCUAAGGAAACCUACAGUGUGGUAAACAAGCUCAAAUAUGAACAGCGGUGUAGAACAGCAUAACAGUGUUGUAAUAGCAAUGCAGUACACACUGACUGAACAAACGACGCGACGAUGGCCAUAACAUUUGAUUAAUACAUGAUCAACAAAAGAAAUCCAAACCAGGCAUGUCAUACAGGUAAAACAUAAUAUUCAAAAUUUUAUCGAUUUGCUAAGAAUGAUACUUGUGAUCUGGCCGAUCACAAGAUCAGAUUUUCUUAUAAAAGGAGCAUUUGUAUUAUAUUACCUUCCAAAUUAAUCGGUUCGAAGUAAGAAGCAAAAAAUGUAUGAAAUUUGAAUUAUUUCCCGACUGAUUACUUGUUGGAAUAGCAGGCAGAUUCAAUAAGAAGC